AUGGAUGAUAAUUCAACUGGUUGUCAUAAUACUAUUGGUUCUAGUUCUGCGUCAUCUGCACCUAGUCUUUUGGACAGUACCAUGCCUCCCAUGUUGAAUGAUAAUGUUGAAUGUGUUGGGGUUGGGGUUGGAUCUACAGGAACUAUUGGCUCUCCAAAUCCUAGUUCAGCUCUCCCACAUAAACCUAAGAAAUUUGAUUGUCACCCUAGAAGCCGCGGCACCUCAUCCAUGCUACAACAUAUCAGGAAAAGUUGCAAAAAAUAUCCUGGUAGGCUUGAUAAGUCCCGAACAAAGUUGAGUUUUGAGGCUAAGAGGGAAGGACAAGGGGUAGUGGGCGAAGGGACAUAUGGUAAUCUUGUUUUUACCAAGUAUAAUGCUACAAAAAUAAGAGAAUCAACUUCACAGAUGAUUAUUGUGGAUGAGUUACCAUUUAGAUUUGUGGAAGGUGAAGGGUUACAGAACUUCAUGAAGACAGUGGAACCUAGGUAUUCAAUUCCUUCCCGUUAUACUAUGAUGAGAGAUUGGGUUAGGCUCUAUAUGUCUAAGAAGGAAAAAUUGAGGGCAAUGUUCUUGACAUCCGAUAUUCGGGUUUGUCUUACCACUGAUAGUUGGACUUCGGUACAGAACCUGAAUUACAUGUGCAUCACUGCUCAUUUUAUUGAUAAUAAUUGGAACUUGCACAAAAGAAUUUUGAACUUUUGUUUACUUUGUAACCACAAAGGUGAGACCAUUGGGCAAAAGAUUGAGUCGUGUAUGCUUGAGUGGGGUAUUAGUAGCAUUUUCACUAUCACAGUUGACAAUGAUUCUUCUAAUGAUACUGCUUUGGAAUACUUGAGGAAGAGAACGGCUCAUAGGACUGGUGCCAUAUUGGAGAAUCAAUUUAUGGAUGUGAAGUGUUGUGCAUAUAUUUUAAAUCUUAUUGUGUCUGAUAGUUUGAAAGAAGUUGAUGAGUCCAUUGUGAAGAGUGCUUUUGAUCUUUUGGAAGAGUAUGAUGGGAAUUAUGUUCUUUCGUUGACUGAGGAAAAGAAUGCUAAAAAAGGUUUGGGACCUUCUAAUUAUGAUGACUGGGAUCGUAUUAGGACUUUUCUCAAGUUUCUCAAACUUUUUUAUGAUGCCACAUUGCGACUUUCACGGUCUUUGUAUGUGACUUCUAAUAUGUAUUGGCAAGAAAUUCGUGGCAUUCAAAUGCAUAUACAAUCGUAUUGUGAUAGUAGUGAUUAUGUAUUGAGUUCUAUGGCGGAGAGAAUGAUGAUGAAAUAUAAUAAGUAUUGGGGGGAUUUAGAUAAGGUUAAUGUGUUUAUGUUUGUUGAUGUCAUACUUGAUCCACAAACCAAAUUGGGGUCAUUGGAAUUUUGGUUCAAGAAUAUUCUUAAUGAGGAGCAAUGUACUAAUAUGGUGAAAAAAUUGAAGCACUACCUUCAAAAAUUAUAUGAUCACCUCGAUGCUGGAGAGACUUCAUCUCAAGUUGAACAUGGUAGUGUAUAUGUAUGCCCUCAAGGUUCCUCAAUGAUAGAAGAAACCGAUAACCUUUCACUUCACUUCAUGAACAAGUUUCAUAAGUACCUAAUUUUAAAAAGUGAUGUUCAUAACAAAUUGGAGAUAGAUCGGUAUUUGAUGGAAGAUGUUGAAAAACCAAAUGUGAAUUUUGAUAUUUUAAAUUGGUGGAAGGUGAACUCAUCUAAAUUCCUAGUACUUGCCAAAAAUAGCACGUAUUGUGUUGGCCAUUCCCAUUACUACAGUUGCUUCAGAGUCGGCGUUUAG